AUGGAUUUUAAAUUGUGUCAAGUUUUACGUGUUAUUAACGGUGGUAAAAAUCAAAGCACUGGAAAUGCUGGAAAGAAGUGGAGUAUAAUCAUGAUGGUAAUAGCAGUAACAUGUUUGACAUUGGUUCUCUGUGUGUCGCCGUCGCUUUCGACCGUCCAUAUGAACGAGAAUGAUGAUGCCGAUGAUGUCGAUGAACAACAAAAUGCCCAUGGACAUGAAAAUGAUGCCAAUGGACAACAAAAUGAUGCCAAUGAACAACAAAAUGAUGGACAUGAAAAUGAUGCCAAUGAAUAUGAUGCCAAUGGACAACAAAAUGAUGGACAUGAAAAUGAUGCCAAUGGACAACAAAAUGAUGCCAAUGAACAUGAAAAUGAUGCCAAUAGACAACAAAAUGAUGCCAAUGAACAUGAAAAUGAUGCCCAUGGACAUGAAAAUGAUGCCAAUGAAUAA